GGUAUGCUCUGGGUGGCCCUCUCAGCUCAUUUUCUAGUGCAAGUCACUGAGAAGAGUGAAUCUGCUGUGGGAGGCUUCACAUUCCAGUCAGGCAGAGGCCAUGACCUAGAAUGAUCAGCCAGGUCCUGCCGUGUUCCUGUUUCCCGUGUCCUUUCUGUCCAACAGCUGUGGUCUUCUCUUCCCCUUCUGUAGGGAGCUUCCACUGAGCUGUGUGGAAGGGUACAACUCAGACUCCUGGUGGGAUGGUCAGCUCCCGGCGGCAUUGCUGACAUCACCCUCACAUCCCCUUCCUGUUUCAUUGUGCUUUAGCUGGCCUCAGCUGCACACACCCCUGCCAUCCUUCUGGAGCUCAGAACUGAAACCUCAUUUUCAGACUCGAGCUCCUGGAGUUUCCAAACAGUCACAGAGGUGGGGGAAAUGCUAUAAAGGAUGGAAACUCCGGUUGCACAGCCUCACAGAGGUGAUCCGUAAGGUCCUCCCAGCUCCCAAGCACAGGGCCUGGAGGACAAGAAGCAAGCGAGUACAAGUUCUUUCUGCGACCUGAUUUCCACUAAGGGCUAUAGUCUCUGGACUGCAGCUGUGGAGCCGACUCAACAGGAAAGGACGUCCGUCAGAGAUACAGGGUCCUCCCGGCCGGCUGCUGUCACCAGGGCUGCUGCCCAUCAUCUCCAAGAAUAAACUCCAGCUAGUCGCUGUGUGGAUCUGAAUCAUCUGAGAGAUUCCAAAGGAGGGGAGUGACUACCCAGGACGGACAAGCAGGCUAUAUAAGUUCCCAAGGAUUGGGCUCCACGCAGAUCUUUUCCUGUGGCUACUGCCUGCCAGAGAGUCACCAACAGAGAACUUGCUUGGCAUCUACCAUGUCCGAGGUUGGCACUCCUGAUGCCCCCAUCAAGAAGAAGCGUCCCCCUGUGAAGGAAGAAGACCUGAAGGGGGCCAGAGGGAGCCUGGCCAAGAACCAGGAGAUCAAGUCUAAGACAUACCAGGUCAUGAGGGACUAUGAGCAAGCUGGCUCAGCUGCCCCGUCUGUAUUCAGCCGAAACCGCACAGGCAGCGAGACAGUCUUUGAGAAGCCCAAAGAGGGACCUGCCAAGAGCAUCUUCGGCUGAGAAGUGCGAAUUCCACCACACACCUGGACACAGGAGCCUUUCCCACGAACUCUUUUUUUUUUUUCUUUUUUAAUGCUGGAAGAUGUCUUCUUUCCUCUGCUGCCUCUGGAACCAUCGUGACGCCUACACCGUUAGAAACACCAAUAAAGAGUAAAGAGUAUGCCCAAUGCCCCCAACCUUGGGAUGUUGCCAUGGCCACUGCCUGCAGAAGAAGAAAGCAACAUAUGGGACAUAGCAUAUUUGGUGCCCUCCCUGGGCUCUGAGGUGGCCAGGGAAUGCUUUGUGCUUUCAGAGCCACUGAGGUGUUCUAAAAAGAGCCUUAGACAUGGAGUCCUGGCAUGGACUUUCUGAUGGAUGUAGAGUUGUCUGUUCUUCCUAAACCUCUGUUUUAGGCUGGAAAGCUGGUGCCAUAGCUAAGAGUACUUGCUGUUUCUUUAGAGCCCUCUGGUUCAGUGCCCAAAUAUCCACAUGGUAGCUCAUAGCCAUUUAACUCUGCCACCCUCUUCUGGCCUCUGCGGGCAUUGCAUACAUGUACACCUGUAGUCGAAAUAUUCAUAUACCUAAAAAAUAAAAUGUAAAACUAA